UUGAGUUAGAGGCGAAAAAAUCUAGAGUUUGUCAGCUUUCCCUCCUUCCUUGUACAUACAAGAAAACCUCUGUAGCCUAGUAGUUAGAUCGUUGGACUAGUAACCGAAAGGUUGCUAGAUCGAAUCCUCCGAGCUGACAAGGUGACCUUAGUGUACCAUUAUGUGGCUCUGGGCACUGCUUCCGAUCUGCUUGGCGGUGUUUGGCACUGUGGGCAUAUGGGUGGUGUUUGGUAUCGCUGUAUCGAAUGAGACUGUUAACAUCACAGGUAGAUUCCCUUACAUCAGUGAGUGUGGCACCUAUAAUCCACAGAGCUGCAUCUUUGCUCAGAUCUGCAACGUCUGUGCUGUCUUGGCCCUGUGGGUUGUGGUGAUCCGGUUUCAGCAGGUCAGGGACUAUGGUCAGAACAGCAAGGUGAACAUCGCCAGUAUCGUACUGGGCUUCAUCUCCUGUGUGGGCAUCUCCCUCAUCGGAAACUUCCAGCAAUCUGUAGUGAUGGGGAUCCACUUGUUGGGAGCGUUCUUGGCGUUCUUCGUGGGCCUGGCCUACUUCUGGCUGCAGGUGUGGCUCUGCUACAAAGCCCAUCCCUUGAAAGACCGUCACUGGGUUGGACCUCUUCGAGCUACAUUCUGUAGCAUCUGCACCGUCCUGGUCAUCACCAUGGCUAUACUUCAUAAUACCGGCUACAAAUCUGGAGCGGCCAUUUGUGAGUGGGCCUUGGUCAUGUCCUUCUUUGUACUUUUUGGCCUCUUUGGGUCCGAGUUCCGUCACAUCGACUUCCACCAACUUACCGUGCAGAAACAACGUCUGAAGACUCAGAGCACCAACGGAGUGGUCAGAAUGAAUGAUGUUUCAUAGUACAGCCAAUGAGGCAGGUAGCCUAGUGGUUAGAGUGUUGGACUAGUAACCGAAAGGUUGCAAAAUUGAAUCCCCGAGCUGACAAGGUAAAAACAAUCUGUCGUUCUGCCCCUGAACAACCCACUGUUCCUAGGCCGCCAUUGAAAAUAAGAAUUUGUUCUUAACUGACUUGCCUAUAAAGGUUAAAAAAUAAAUAAAAAUGAGACCGUGACCAUGCAUUGAUACACUGUUCAUAGCUUAACAUCUAAAGACACACACAUACACACACGGGGUUAUUUUGACCCAGCUAGUUGGGUUGCGUGAAUAAGAACUACGAAUGGUUAAAUUAACCCAUGUUUGGGUAUUCCAAACAAACAACAUGUUGGGUUGUUUGGAAUACCCAAACAUGGGUUAAUUUAACCAUUCGUAGUUUUUUAACCGUUCAGUAUGGUUGACCCAGCAGCUGGGUCUUUUUUUAAUGUAACCCAGGUUAUUUUCAUGAGGCGUGGCCUAUUAGGGGCGUGGCUUUCAGAUAAUGAUUUUUAUAUCACAAAUCUAAUUGUCGUCUUCUACUGUUUUUCAGUCAAGCAAAUCUAAGAUUUUCUCCCUUUUGGCUUUAUUUUUGUACCAACAGCAAUUAUUUAAAUUGGCACAUCGAGACAUGAACACUGUAAACAUAUCUACACUCUUUAUGUAGAAGAAGAUGUGAUACAGGAAUGGAUACUUUUUCAAGUCAUGAGGGUUUACACAAGUGUCUGAUGAGGGUUUACGUAACUGUAAGUGUUUUUCAUUUAUUUUGCUGAUGUUAAAUAAAAUGUAACUUUAAACAUA